UGCAUGGUUAGUUGUGAAAGAGAUUUGCUCGAUAUUUAGAACUUGUUGAUACCCUUUUUAUGACCUGUAUCUAAAUAAUACCUAAUAAGAUUAGUCUUAGAGGGUUUUCACGAUGUCCGUCGUCAUCAAAAUGAAAGGUUUACCCUUUGAAUCAACUGCUAAAGACAUCAAAUCGUUCUUCCAAGGUCUGUAUUUGAGAGAGGACGAAAUCCAUUUGGCUGCUUACAAGGAUGGAAAAGCAGCAGGGAUUGCUUUUGCGGUGUUUCAUAGCGAUGAGGAUGCGAGAAAAGCCAUGUUUAGGAAUGGGAAAUACAUAGGCAAGAGGUAUAUUGAACUGUUUUUGAGCAGUACUUCUGAAAUGAACUCCAUGCUUCAACAAGGCGUCCCUAAACCAAGACAAGCCAGGGAAGGAGGAGGACAACGCGAGGAAAUGAAGUCCAAGGGAAAUCGGGGUAAAAUGAAGCAGAAUAGGGUUCAAAACGUUAAGAGAAGUGAUAGAAGUGAGGUUCAUCCACGAGCUAGAAGUAGGAGUCCUAUUUCAAGGCAAGGAAAUCCAGGGCGGGAGUCAAAUUCAAGGAGUUUUGGAGGUUCGAAUAGAGGUCCUGGUUUUGGUGGUGAUAAUGAAAGACACGUUGAGUUAGAUGACAGAGAGGCAAGGUUUUUUGAAAUGAGGAUGAGGGAAGAGGAAGAUGAAAGACAAGAUCGUUAUCAUAGAUUACAUAAUGAAAGAGAAAUUCCUAGAGAAAGAAUGGGAAACAAGAGUUUUCAAAUGGAUAAAAGGGAUAUGCAUAGGGAAAAGGGUAAUGGAAGAGAGGAUGCAAAUAAUAGAAAUAAGCAGAGGGGAUCGCCACAGUCUUCCAGAGAGGAGAGGGAUAGAGGAGACAGGAAUGAUGAAACUUGCUGCAGACUCUUUGGACUUCCAUUCCAGGUCAGCGAAUCAGAAGUCAGGAAUUUCUUCAAGGGAUUUUCUGUUCUCAAAAUAAAGCUGCUUUAUCAUCCUGAGGGGUCGUUUGCUGGAAGGAAAAAUGGUCAAGCAUAUGUGGAAUUUAGGUCUGUUCAGGAAUCAAGAGAGGCUGCAAAGAAAAAGCACAAGCAGUAUAUGGGGAAUAGGUAUGUUGAAGUUACUUGUUGCAGCAAAAGGGAGAUGAUUGAAGAAUCAAAAGUAAAUGAUGAUUUGUGCCAAAGGGCUCAAGAGGGCCAAAGGGGCGAUAGAGAAUCCAGGUUUAGUUCUGUGGCUGGUAAUCAUCCCAUCAGUGACCUAGCAAUAAAGAUUGAUCCUGAGAUAUUAAAUUCUGCAUACAGCAUGCCAAAUUUCCUGGACAGUAAUCCAGAUCUUCGAAACCUAGGUUUUUCAUUACCAAAUCCAUACAUGUCAAGUGAAGCAGUGGACCUUCAAACAUUAGCAACACUGAGACAGCUUGAAUCACGAGCUAACAUUAAUCCUGAUGAUGUCACGGCUGGCUGUGUUGUUGGUAUUCGCAAUUUACCUUCCACUAUCACAGCUGAAGAAAUUUUGGAUUUCUUCUAUGGGUUCCCUGUGUUUUCUGAUUCUGUGCGCAUUCAUUACUUGGCACCUGGGCAGUCAUCUGGGGAUGCAAUGGUAACGUUCCGUUCAAGUCGAGAAGCAACUGCAGCUAUUGAGCAACUCAAUCACAAACCUGUAGGAAAAAGGAAUGUCCAGUUGUUUCUUGUUUAGAACUGUUUAGAUGGUUUUCAGAACUUUUGUAUAUCUGGUACAGAACAUUAUUGGUAAAGAUAAUCUAGAUUUUGAGAUAUUUGGACUAGCGUAUGGACUUACAAAACUACAGUAGAUUUCUUACAUUUUAAAGAGAUUAUUAUCACAUGAUCAAGCAAGGUGCAACUUGAGCCAUAAUUGGUUCAAUUCUAGCCAUAACCGUAGCCUGCCAAUGCUAUAUGCACUAAUCUAUGUUCAUUAUAUUACAUCUUUAAAUGUAUUAAGAAUGUAUAUGGGCAAGGACAGUAGAUAUUUGGAUUUAAGUGACGUGUUAAUUUAUUUACAGUUCAUUGUCGCCUGUCUUGAAUUCUAGAUGUCAAAACUAGUUGCAUGAUGAUGUAUACUUGUGUCAUGCUCAAUGGAGAGGCAUAGUCAAUGUACAUAAUUAUCUAGAUGUAUUAUUUUUCACACAGCAUUUAAUAUUUUUGUGUGUUGUCGCAUGAAUAUUUUUGAUUUUCUUUAGUAGACAUUGCCUAGUUAUAGUUUUUCCCAUAAUCAUAACUCAAUUUGAUAACAUUUGUUAUGCAAGUACUUUGAGAUAAUUUAGUAAAAGGGACGUUCGUAAUAGCGUUUAUUUUUGUUAUUUAAUUCUGGAUGGUGUAGAGAGUAGUAUUUUAGGAGGGCAGAAUGAAAAAGGAAUGGGCUAUCUUAAGAAGCUGGGUCAGUCAUCAUAUUUUUGCAAACAGAGGAAAGCUAGGGAAAAGAACUUAUCUAAGUAUGAGUUAUGGUUGGUUUAUUCUACUUGGAUAGUAAUUAAAGAGCUAUUUAUCCUUCCUUGGUAGGGGGAAGAACAGUGUAUAAAGUUUUUUUUCCAGAAGUGAAAAUACAGAAGGUAUAAUCUCAGAAAUUAGGCAUAUUGUAAUUUUUCAUAUGGGAGAAAUGGGAAAAAAGGAAAAUGGGAAAAAAUAAUGGAAACUCCACAACCAGCACUGGCUAGGAUAGGAUAAUUUAAUAGCCUAGUAUAUUGGCCUUAUAUUAGCCUUUCAUCUACCAAGAAGAUGGUCUUGAUGGAUGAGAAAAAAAGCUGAUCUCUUGAAGCACUUGGACUACUACCUUCAAAUGCUAUUGAAAAUAUCAGAAAGGACCUGGAAGCUGAUUAAAGUCAGGGCAUGGCCAUGAACUAGUUGUAGAUUAAAUUAGAUACAUGUUAUCAUAAGGGAAAGUGCCUGCAACAAUUUGUGAACAGAUGCAGGCGUAGCUCAGUUGGCAUGCAAUCUUCAGAGCUAGAGGACCAUGGUUUGAUCCUUGGGAUCUCCAUGUCCAUUUUGACUUAUCUCUAGGUUCCAUGUAGCUUUAGCUUAAAUACUUGUAACAGGAGCACUGAUAGUUGUAGGAAGUGUGCACCUUUGGGUGCUUUAUACAAGAGCCUCUGGCUCAGGAGAAUUUGGCAAGCACUCCCUGCUCUAUUGAAGUAAAAUAAAUUACCUUUACCUUUUUAA